AUUACUUCAAGAAUAUCUAAGUUAUGUUACGGUUUAAAUAUGGAGUUCAUUGAUCCUCCAAAAAUAUCACAAAAGGUUAUCAGUGGUAUGUAUCAAGGUGUUACAACUGUCGAACUAGACAACCUGGCAGCUGAGACAGCAGCUUAUUUGACAUGUAAUCAUCCGGACUACGCUAUUUUGGCGGCUCGAAUUGCUAUAUCAAAUUUACACAAGGAAACGACGAAACAAUUCAGUGUUGUUAUCCAAGAACUUUAUGAUCAUGUUAAUCCUACACGAAAAAUUCAUGUACCUUUAGUUUCAAAAGAAGUAUAUGAUAUUGUUAUGGAGAAUGCAGACAGGUUAAAUUCGGCGAUUAUUUACGAUAGAGAUUAUGCUUAUAACUAUUUUGGGUUCAAGACUUUGGAAAAGAGUUAUUUGAUGAAAAUCGAAGGGCGAGUUGUAGAAAGACCGCAACAUAUGUUAAUGCGUGUAUCGAUUGGUAUUCAUGGAAAUGAUAUCGAUGCAGCUAUAGAGACUUAUAAUCUAAUGUCUGAAAAAUAUUUCACUCACGCGAGUCCUACUUUAUUUAAUGCUGGUACACCGAGACCUCAAAUGUCAAGUUGUUUUUUGAUACAGAUGAAGGAUGACAGCAUUGAAGGCAUUUACGACACACUUACAACGUGCGCAUUAAUUUCAAAAUCGGCCGGCGGUAUUGGAAUUAGCACACAAAAAAUCCGAGCUUCUGGAUCGUAUAUCGCCGGUACCGGUGGGACUUCAAAUGGCCUUGUCCCUAUGCUUCGCGUAUUCAAUGACACUUCACGAUUCGUAAAUCAAGGUGGUGGAAAGAGAAAUGGUAGUUUUGCGCCUUGGCAUUCGGACAUAUUCGAAUUUCUUGACCUAAGGAAAAAUACUGGAAAGGAAGAAAUUAGGGCACGCGACUUAUUUCUAGGACUUUGGAUUCCAGAUCUUUUUAUGAAAAGAGUGGAGAAAAACGAGGAUUGGUCACUAUUUUGCCCACAUGAAUGCCCUGGUCUUGAUAGUGUUUAUGGUCAAGCAUUCGAUGAUUUAUAUACUAAAUAUGAAAGAGAAGGAAAGGCACGUAAAACGAUCAAGGCACAAAAGUUAUGGCUUGCUAUUGUUGAUUCCCAAAUAGAGACUGGGAUGCCUUAUAUGGUCUAUAAAGAUGCCUGUAAUGAAAAGUCAAACCAAAAGAAUCUUGGAACUAUCACGUGCUCUAAUCUCUGCACGGAGAUUAUAGAGUAUACCGCCCCAGACGAAGUAGCAGUGUGCAAUCUAGCAUCAAUCUCACUUCCUAAAUUCGUUAAUGUCAAAACGAAGACUUUUGAUUUCGAUAAACUUCAUGAAAUAGCCAAAGUUGUCAUCAGAAACUUGAAUAAGGUCAUUGAUAAGAACUACUAUCCUGUUCCUGAAGCUGAGAAAAGUAACAAGAGGCAUAGGCCAAAUACUUUACUUUGCUAUAUUGGAGAAUUAACAUAUUUAUUAGCUUUAAAUUUUAUAUCACGUUCAGGUCUCGCUGAUGCUUUAAUUAUGCUGCGUUAUCCAUGGGAAUCUGAAAAUGCACGUAAAUUAAAUCGUAAUAUAUUUGAAACAUUGUAUCAUGCCGCACUUGAAUCAUCAUGUGAAAUUGCUGCGAAGGAGGGUCCAUAUACAACUUAUGAGGGAUCGCCAAUCAGUCAGGGAAUUCUUCAAUAUGAAAUGUGGAAUGUCGAACCGUCUAAUCGGUGGGAUUGGAUAAAAUUAAAAGCGGAUAUACGCAAGCAUGGAAUAAGAAAUUCAUUAUUAAUAGCACCAAUGCCAACUGCUUCCACUAGCCAAAUCCUUGGCAAUAAUGAAUGUUUUGAACCAUACACAAGUAAUAUUUACACGCGUCGUGUCUUAAGCGGAGAAUUCCAAGUUGUGAACCAUCAUUUACUCAAUGAUUUGACCGAAAUGGGUAUUUGGAAUGAAAAAAUGAAGAAUGAAAUAAUCGCCGCUAAUGGCUCUGUUCAAGGUUUUGAAGAGUUGGAUGAUGAUUUAAAGAAACUUUAUAAAACAAUUUGGGAAAUACCACAAAGGGUUCUUAUAGAUUUUGCAGCAGACCGAGCACCAUUCAUUGACCAAUCGCAGUCAUUGAACGUAUUUCUUUCUGAGCCGAGUGUUGGCAAAAUAUCAUCUAUGCAUUUCUACGCAUGGAAGAAAGGUCUUAAAACCGGCAUGUAUUAUCUGCGUACACGCCCUGCCGUUGACGCAAUCAAAUUUACGGUUGAUCAA